UCAUCUGCUCCUUUUAAGCUGGCAUUUUUGGAGAGGGAGGUCCUCGCCUAGCAUAUACAAACACUAAGUCAAGCAUCCUCAGUCGAUCCCACACGCUCAAGUAGUAGCCAGCAGAGAACUGACCUUUUCCUUUACACAGAACAGGAAGCUGAAGUGACCUGACAUCGACAUGGCAACAAAGGGAGUCGGCAUGGCUAACAAAGGUCCAUCCUAUGGCAUGAGCCGGCAGGUUCAGGAUAAGAUCGACAGUAAGUACGACCCCGAGCUGGAGCUGAUCCUGGUGGAGUGGAUCAGCCGUCAGUGUGGCUCCGGUGUUGGGAAGCCAGAGACGGGCAAAAUGGGAUUCCAGUCUUGGCUGAAAGACGGCUGUGUUCUGAGCGAGCUGAUAAACAGUCUGUACACUGCAGACAAACCUGUGAAGAAGAUUCAAAGCUCAACCAUGGCCUUCAAACAGAUGGAGCAGAUCUCACAGUUCCUCAAUGCUGCAGAGAAGUAUGGCGUCACCAAGACUGACAUGUUCCAGACAGUGGACCUUUGGGAAGGUAAGGACCUUGCGGCGGUGCAGAGGACCCUGUCAGCUCUGGGUAGCUUGGCCGUGACUAAGGAUGAAGGCACAUAUAAUGGAGACCCCAACUGGUUCUUCAAAAAAGCGCAGGAGAACAAGCGAGACUUCAGCGAUGACCAACUGAAAGCAGGCAAAAAUGUGAUUGGCCUACAGAUGGGGACCAAUAGGGGAGCCAGUCAGGAGGGCAUGAGUUAUGGAAGACCCCGACAGAUCCUGUAAACCACUGUGCAACACUUACCAGAAAAAAAAACCCUUCCACCCCUCACACCUUGUUAGAGCCUGUAAGCUUCAAACUGGUUUUCUUAACUCCCCUUUUAUCAGAAAACCUUCCCUGCAUUAGAGUUUAGUUACUUUUUACAAGUGCCCCCUACCUCCUGACACUGACCCUCUUCAUUUCAUGUAGACGCUUGCACUAGU